AUGGCCGCGCCCUUUCAAGAGAUAGGCCAUGGCUCUGGGGAGCUUAUUUCAGAGGCGCACUUGUUGGUGACCCAACUUUACGAUCCCGCGAACCAGCGGAACCCAGCCAAAAUCGACGAAGUGCAGUCGCGGCUGCAACACAUCCAAAAGAGCGAUCAUGCUUGGGAAAUUGCAGAUUUUCUCUUGCGAGAACGCUCCGCCCACCACCGUUUCAUGGGUGCUCUGACUUUUACCGUGAAGAUCAACGUAUCCGGUGGUGAUCUUAAAGAGACAAUGACGGUGCAAAUUCUGGAGCGCCUCGUCAAUCACUUCAUUGCCAUCGUGAACGAGGGUGAGCAGGCGUUCGUGAUUAGGAAGCUUGCGUCCAGCCUUAUUGCGAUCUUUCGGCAUCCAGCAACAUCGUGGAAGCGGGCCCUAUGGCAGCUGGCUGCCAGUCUUGCACAUGGUGGUUUCGUCCAGGAAGAGGAGGCCCAGACCGUGGAUUUCCUGACUGGCGUAUUGCCAGCUUUGAGUACCCAGCAAGCCACCGCCCUAUUGUUCUUCUCGGUUGCAUUGGCUGAAGAAACCCUGCGGCUUGACACUGAGCCUCAGAAUCUGGUGGGGCCAGUGAUUCAGCGAGCCGUGUCAAAUAUCAAGGAUGGCUUCUUGCUAGUGCAAUACAUCACGCGGCAGAUCGCUCAGCAUCCAGCUGUUUCGCAGAGUGAAUCUCCAGAAGUAACACUCGGAAAUGAGGCAAUGAUUGCCUGGAAGGCUUGGCUUGGAGUCUACGGCAGCCGGUUGCAUCCCGGUCACGGCGAAGAGCGACGUGUUCUGGCAGUUUCCUGCGGACGGGACAUCAUGGAGACGCUCAGAAUUCCUAGUCUGAGCGAGAACGCAGCGUCCAUCUUGACUCAAGCUUUUGAAACGCGCAGUUGGGCCUUUGAUGCUGAAUCAAUAUGGACCAUUUCACAAAUCCUCUCCGAUUCCAUUGUGACAAUGCACAUCUUAGAAAUGACAAAGGGGAAUGAAGGUUCCGAGAGUAUGACAUUUGUUGACCUUUUGGUGGCAUAUGUCUCGCAUCUUCAGCUGAACCUAUUCAGCGACCCGAUGAAGCCUGAGAAUGCUCGAAUUCUCGGCAUUGUUCAUGAUAUCUUCAAGACACCUGGAUACGCAGUCAUUGAUGACCUAGCAACACCUCGAGUCUUGGAGUAUUGGAAUGAGAUUGCCGAAGGACUUCCCGACGAGCUGCAGCAAAAUGACCCCAGAUAUGAAGCGGUGAAAACACACCUGGCGCAGGUUGUUCUCGGCUUGUUCAAUAAGCUUCUUUAUCCCACUCCCAGUGACCUGUCAGACUUGAGCGACGAUGAACGGGGUGAGUUCAACGCGUUCCGUUACGACGCCUGUGACUAUCUGCUAUCGGUGUAUCCAAUUCUCGGCGUUGAGUUGGUGAGUGUUUUCCAAGAGAGCGCAACCACCCAUCUUGGAAAUAAUGACUGGCUUGGAUUUGAGGCUGCCAUGUUCUGCAUCGCCCAGCUAUCGGAAGCUGUCGAUGAGAACGGACAUGCGGACCAGUGUCUCGAUGCCAUCUUUGGCAGUGAUGCCUUUUCCCGACUCUGCGCCGGGGGUGAGACUGGUAUCCCGCUUAAGGCACGUCAAACAUUGGUGGAUGCCUUUGGAAAAUACGAGUCCUACUUCGAACGUCACAAUUCGUUGCUCCCAGGUGUCCUGAACAUCCUCUUUGAAUCGCUCAAUUUCGAAACGUGUGCCCAGGCGGCUUCGCGAUCUAUUUUGACCCUUUCCAAGUCGUGCGGCCGUGUCUUGACCGCAGAGCUCCCAGUGUUCCUCGAUCAGCUUGAUCAAUUCCGCGCAAAGCCGACUGCAACUGUGUCGACUAUGCCCAAGGUGCUUGAAGGCAUUGCAACAAUCAUACAAAGACUACCAACCGACGAUGAGAAAGUACAAACUCUUGAAAGAAUCUUGCGCUUCUUCGUCCAGGAGGCUAAUCAGGCACGGGAUGAGGCCGCCAGCUCUGCAUAUGACAUCGCUCGUGCCCAUGGCCAUCUUGUGCUUAGCUGCAUCGCCAGUAUUGGAAGAGGUCUGCGAGCCGAUACUGACGAGGUCAUCAACGUCGACGCAACGGAAGAGGAGAACCCUUACCCUCCGUCCUUCUGGAAUGCCGGACCAGGCUCCGGUGCACAGCAGCUUAUCAUGGAAGCAAUGAGGCUUCUCAUUUUGGAUUUCCCCGUGGACAGUGGAAUUAUAGAUUCGGCCUGUGACAUCCUCAAGGCUGGGUAUACCGAGUCCUCGGGGCUUUUCGUCUUCCCUCCAUCCUUGACAGUUGAUUUCAUCAAGAGCUUCCCGCUCGGCAUCUCUGGCACAGAUGUCAUCAUGGCUACUGCCUCCUCAUUCCUAGCCUCGCACGCUUCACACUCAAUGCAAAUCCGGGAUCAAGCCGUGGCAUUGAUUGUUCACGUCGCGCAGCUCUUCUCCUCGAUGUUAGAGGAACCGGAUUUAUAUGACCCGGAGACCGCGAAUGCAGGAAUUGAUUUCCUCGCGCGCCUCCUCCCAAAAUACUACCCCAUCGUAUUCUCCCUGACGGAGCCACUUCCUUCAGCUUCCGAUUCAGCAUCACAGCGCCCACCGAUCUUCGUGGUUUUGUUGAACUUCACGCUGCACGCUCUAACCCGCCCAGAGCCUCUGACUCUUCGUUCUGGAUCCGCUUUUUGGGUUGCCAUGUUGGAUCUCCGCGGUGGCUCUCCGGAAGAGACAGCAGCCCUGGAUCAAGUCCUUGAGCAAUUCAUACCCACACUUUGUGAGACCUUGAUCCGACAGAUCGCGGGCCAUUGUGCACGAUCGGAUUUGCUAUCGCUUAACGAUGUUCUGCGUCGUACGGUCUUCAAAAAGAUGGGACUGGCGCGUCCAAGUCUUACUGCGGCACUGAAUGCCCUGGAUGCGCAGGUCAACGAUGCCGACGGUCAUCAGGCCUCGGUUCUCUCACCGCAGGAUAAGUCUCGUUUCUUGGAGUCUCUCAUUGUCGCCAGAGGACAGCGACAACCGUCGUUAGACCUAAUUCGUGCAUUCUGGUUGAAGUGUCGGGGUAUGGCAUUUGACUACGCCGGGUAG